GUCACUCUUUCUCACUUCUCUUCUUUUCUAACGUCCCUUGCCUGCAAAGAGAUUAAGAGAGAGAGAACACAAACCAAAGCAUAGCAUAGUAUAGCAUCGCGUGGCAGAGGAUUUAAGAAAGGAACAAAGUAGAAGUCAGAAAAAAAAAACAGAGCACCUCUCUCUUCCCCUGCCCGCUCCAUAUCUUCUUUUUCUUUCCCAAUUUCAAAUUCUCUUCCUUUCCUGCAUGCAAUUCUCUUCAUACUUUUGAUCAUGGUUUUUGCCUGCUGAGUCCCAAGUUGGAAGGUUGUGUUGGAAAAUAUAUGAUAAAACAAUGACUUGGAAAAGCAGGGGAGACCUGUUUCCUAAAAGUCUCAUGUCUCAGAAAUGGGUCAUUUUUCUCUGUAUUGGAAGCUUCUGUGCUGGCAUGUUUUUCACCAACAGGAUGUGGACUAUACCUGAACCUAAAGGACUUGCACGGACAACCGCUAUGGAAGCUGAAAAAUUGAAUGUGGUUUCAGAGGGUUGCAAUUCGAGAAUUUUGCAAGAGAAGGAAGUGAAGCGUGAAACUAAAGGCAUCUACAGUGAGGUUUUCAAGACACAAAAUGUCAUACAAACCCUGGACAAGACUAUUUCAAACUUGGAGAUGGAAUUAGCAGCCGCAAAGGCAGCUCAGGAGUCUAUACGAAAUGGUGCUCCAGUGCCAGAAGAUAUCAAGAUGAGUGAAUCAUCUGUUAGGAGGAGGUACCUAAUGGUCGUAGGAAUUAACACUGCUUUCAGCAGCAGAAAAAGAAGAGACUCAGUUCGUGAGACAUGGAUGCCACAAGGUGAGAAAAGAAAGAAGCUGGAAGAAGACAAGGGCAUUAUAAUCCGCUUUGUAAUUGGUCAUAGUGCCACAUCAGGGGGUAUCCUAGACAGAGCUAUUGAAGCAGAAGAUAGGAAGCAUGGGGAUUUCCUGAGACUGGAUCAUGUUGAAGGAUACCUUGAAUUGUCAGCAAAGACAAAAACAUACUUUGCCACUGCUGUUAACUUAUGGGACGCUGACUUCUAUAUCAAAGUUGAUGACGAUGUUCAUGUCAAUAUAGCGACACUGGGACAGACUCUAGUGAGACACCGAUCAAAACCACGGGUGUACAUUGGAUGCAUGAAAUCUGGGCCUGUGCUUUCUCAAAAAGGGGUAAGGUAUCAUGAACCAGAAUUCUGGAAAUUUGGAGAGGCUGGAAACAAGUACUUCCGUCAUGCCACAGGACAGUUGUAUGCCAUUUCAAAAGAUCUGGCUACAUAUAUUUCAAUUAACCAGCACGUUCUUCAUAAGUAUGCCAAUGAGGAUGUCUCACUUGGUUCUUGGUUUAUUGGACUUGAUGUGGACCACAUAGAUGAUCGAAGAUUAUGCUGCGGCACUCCACCAGAUUGUGAAUGGAAAGCACAGGCAGGCAAUGUUUGUGUUGCUUCAUUUGAUUGGACAUGCAGUGGAAUUUGUAGGUCUGCUGAAAGGAUCAAAGAGGUUCACAAGAGAUGUGGAGAAGGUGAGAAAGCCUUGUGGAAUGCCUCUUUCUAAGUGGCACCUAAGAGUUCUUCCUAUCUCAGGAGGAAAUAACCCCACAGCAAUGAAACUAGGCUGCAAGAUUUUAUUUUUCUUUUUGCAUAGUUUUGGGAAAGUAUAGAGAAAUUCCAUUUUACACAAGAGAAUGAGAAAGAAAGAGGGGAGGAAAAAACAAAACAAAAGAGAGCAAGAGAAAAAAGACUUGCCCCAUGGCCCUUCUGCAUUUUAAUAAAGGAGAUUGACCAUGGUAGCUGCCAUAAUAGGAAGCAUGGGAUUGUCUCACCCUACCAAUUCUUUGUUGCUUGAAGGAGCACUCUGUAUUAAUAGUUCCAUACCUAUCAGGCUCCUAAUAAAUGUAGAUAUAGAUUUGGUUGGUUGUUGCUGCUUUUCCUUUCAUUUAAAUCUGAGUUUUCCUUUUGGUAUAGCA